UCCCCCGUAGACAACACCCUUUACUGGAGUUUUACACUUUUCACAAGUCAUCACAGCAGUCCUCAGGAGGAUCCUGAAGCUGUGGAAGCUCCAGCCCGGAAGAUGCUGCCCAUACUUUUCACCUUGACAGCUUUGGCCCUGUGGUGUCCCGUCAGGAUGCAGGAACCAGAGUUUGCAGAUGGGUGCACAGAGGGCAGCUGUUACCCCGCCACAGGUGACCUUUUGAUCGGCCGGGCGCACAAACUCACUGCCUCCUCCACCUGUGGCCUUCACCAGCCAGCACCCUUCUGCAUCGUUGGACACCUGGAGGAGGACACCAAGUGUUUCGUGUGCGACUCCAGCGAGAUGUACGACGAGGACGUCAACCCCACCAGCCACACCAUCGAGAACGUGGUCACCACCUUCGCCCCCAACCGCCUGAAGACCUGGUGGCAGUCGGAGAACGGCGUGGAGAACGUGACCAUCCAGCUGGACCUGGAGGCCGAGUUUCAUUUCACACACCUCAUCAUGACCUUCAAGACGUUUCGUCCAUCUGCCAUGAUGAUCGAGCGUUCCAUGGAUUACGGGAAAACCUGGCAGGUUUACCGUUACUUUGCCUACGACUGUGAGUCUGUCUUCCCCGGCAUUUCCACCGGACCCAUGGUGAGAGUAGACGACAUCAUCUGUGACUCCCGCUACUCAGACAUCGAACCAUCCACAGAAGGAGAGGUAAUAUUUAGAGUGUUGGACCCUGCCUUUGAAAUCGAGGACCCCUACAGUUUGAGGAUCCAAAACAUGUUGAAGAUUACAAACCUCAGAGUGCAGUUCAUCAAGCUCCACACGUUGGGCGACAACCUGCUGGACUCCCGCGAUGAGGUGACAGAGAAGUACUAUUACGCCAUCUACGACAUGGUCGUUCGUGGAAACUGCUUCUGCUACGGCCACGCCUCCGAGUGCGCGCCGAUCGCCGGACAACCCACCGGAGAAGAUGGAAUGGUUCACGGUCGCUGUGUGUGCAAUCACAACACCGAGGGGUUGAACUGUGAACGCUGUCAGGACUUUUACCAUGAUUUGCCUUGGAGACCUGCGGAGGGACGAAAUACCCACGCCUGCAAGAAGUGUGAGUGCAACCGGCACUCCACCUCGUGUCACUUUGACCGUGCCGUGUACACCUCGACCGGCGAGGUGAGCGGAGGAGUGUGCGACGACUGCCAGCACAACACAAUGGGCCGACAGUGUGAGCAGUGUGUGCCCUUCUUCUACCAGCACCCCAGCAGAGAUCUGAGAGACCCCAACAUCUGUGAACCUUGUAGCUGCGACCCAGAGGGAUCUCUGCAGGGCGGGCUGUGUGACUCCCACACUGAUGUGGCCGCUGGGCUGAUAUCAGGUCAGUGCCGGUGCAGAGUCAACGUUGAGGGAGAACGCUGUGAUCACUGCAGACAGGGACACUACGGACUGGGACAAAGUCCAGAUGGCUGUCUGCCAUGUACCUGCAACCCCCUGGGGACGGUGCCAGGAGGAAACCCCUGUGAGCCAGAAGCAGGACGAUGCUUCUGCAAGCGACUUGUCAGCGGACACAACUGUGACCGGUGCCGGCCUGAGCACUGGGGACUGUCGAACGACAUGGACGGCUGCAGGCCAUGUGACUGUGACCAAGGAGGCGCCGUCGACAACAACUGCGACCCUCACUCGGGACAGUGCAUGUGCCGGGAGCACAUGUUCGGACGUCGCUGUGACCAGAUCGAGCCCGGAUUCUACUUCAUCGCUCUGGACCACUACACUUAUGAAGCAGAGGAAGCCAAUCACGGAUCUGGAGUCAAACUGGAACAGAGGCCGUACCCCCAGAACCGAAACCCCACAUGGACUGGGAUGGGGUUCGCUAACGUCCCAGAAGGAACGUUUCUGGAGUUCCACGUCAACAACAUCCCAGAGUCGAUGGACUACGAUAUUCUCAUUCGCUACGAGCCACAGCUCCCACAGCAGUGGGAAGAGGUGGACGUCCGAGUGGAGCGUCCCGUCUUCCACCCUCCCAACCACUCAGCUCACUGCAGAGACGCCCUCCAGGCUGCAGAUGAACAGUCUCUCUCUCUCCCACCUGGAUCCAGGCACGUGCUGCUGGUGACGCCGGUGUGCUUCGAGAAAGGACUGAAUUACACGAUACGUCUUUCUUUCCCAUUUUACUCAUCAGUCAGCAGCGUCCAGAGUCCGUACACGCUCAUCGACUCCUUGGUGCUAAUGCCUCGAGUCAGAGAGCUGGACAUGUUUGGUGGGACGGACGGUGAAGAGGCGUGGGAGACGUUCCAGCGCUACAGAUGUUUGGAAAGCAGCCGGAGCGUCGUCAAAAGCCCGAUGACGGACAUCUGUCACCAUUACAUCUUCAGUGUGUCUGCUCUGCUCCACAAAGGAGCCAUGGCAUGCCAGUGUGACCCUCAGGGAUCUCUGAGUGCCAUCUGUGAGUCGAACGGCGGUCAGUGUCAGUGUCGACCCAACGUGGUCGGUAGGAACUGUGAUCACUGCGCUCCGGCUACGUUCCUUUUCAGUCCCGCUGGAUGCAGAUCUUGUGGCUGUGACUCUCUGGGCUCCGUCAGCCCUUUCUGCCAUGAGGCAACGGGUCAGUGUGAGUGUGUCCCGGGUGCAACGGGUCGCCAGUGUUCCCACUGUCUGCCCGGGUUCUGGGGUUUCCCUCACUGCCGACCGUGUUCAUGUAACGGUCACAGCGAGAGCUGCCACCCCCAGACUGGAGAGUGUCAGGGCUGCAGGGACUUCACCACCGGACAUCACUGUGAGAGGUGUAUGAAUGGUUACCAUGGUGACCCACAGCUGGGUUCAGGUGGCCACUGUCGCCCCUGCAUGUGUCCAGAGGGGCCACGGAGCGCCCGUCAGUUUGCAGAGAGCUGUUACCUUUUAACCAACCAGCUGGUGUGUGUGUGCAGCCCUGGCUACAAAGGAGACAGGUGUGAUGAGUGCGCCCCAGGUUACCAUGGGAACCCUCUGAUUCCCGGAGGACAGUGCAUGCCCUGUCAGUGUAACAACAACAUUGACAUGCAUGACCCCGGGUCCUGUAAUGCCCGCACAGGUGCCUGUCUCAAAUGUCUUCACCACACACAGGGCCGCUCCUGCCAGAACUGCCAACAGGGUUACUAUGGCAACGCCGCCACGCAAAGCUGCAGGAAGUGUGCGUGUUACUCAGCCGGGACGGCACCUCGGGCUUGUUCCUCCCCUGAUGACUGUGAGUGUGAGCAGCGUAGCGGCCAGUGUCCCUGUCAGCCCAACGUGGUCGGGCAGAACUGCGACCGCUGUUCUCCUGAUACGUGGAACAUUGCCAGUGGGACGGGUUGCCAGCCUUGCGACUGCCACCCUGUCCACUCCUAUGGCUCCUCGUGCGACGAGGUUACAGGACAGUGUGUGUGCAAGCCAGGAUUUGGAGGCCAGACGUGUCGGGAGUGCAGAGAGCUUUUCUGGGGAGAUCCAGAGGUCAAAUGUCAGGCCUGUGACUGUGACCCUCGGGGAAUCUCCAGUGAGCAGUGCCACCGAGCCACUGGCGACUGCACCUGCAUGGAGGGCGUUUCGGGUCCGAGGUGUGAUAAGUGUGCCAGAGACCACUGGGGGGACUUCCCCUCCUGCGAGCCCUGCCAUCAGUGUUUUGGUGUCUGGGACACGGUGGUCAGCGAGCUGACCAAUCAGACUCGACGUCUGGAGUCCCAGGUAACACAGCUGCUUACCAGCGGAGUGACGGCGCCGUACAAGGAGCUGGUCAGCAGCUUGGAGAAAAACGCCAAGGCUGUGAGAGAGCUAGUGGAGAACAAGACGGCUGCGGUGAAGCUGGAGAAGGUACAAGACCUGACACACCAGAUUACGGGUUUGAUGGCGUUCCUCAGCGGGAAGCUGAACACCACAGAGGAAGACCUGGACCUUGUCUUUCAUGACAAGAACAUCACAGAUAAGGAUUUAGAUGAUCUGACGGAUGAGGCCACCAUGCUGGAGAAAAAGGUGGAAGAGCUGAGACAGCAGGUCUACAAUGCCAAGAACGCCAACAUCCACGGAGCCAUGAACACUAUUUCUGCUGCAUAUAUGGAGUCCCAAAAUGCAGAGCUACGUUCAAAUGCCUCCAGCAGCGAUCCAGGCAACACGAUAGAGCAGUCAGCCGCAGUACGGAAAGCCACAGAGGACAAACUCAGCAGCAGUCAAAGGGAAUUUGACCGCAAACACCAAAGAAAUGAACAGAAGCUGGAAAAACUGUCCAACGAGCUGAAAAUUUUGGACAUGUCCCCGCUUAGUGAGAAGAUGUGUGGCGGUGCAGCUGGAGCUGAAGGUGAGGGCUGCGCUCCCUGUGGUGGGCUGGGUUGUGUCGGGGAAAAUGGAGCGCCACACUGUGGAGGAGAGGGAUGCAACGGCCUCAUCACAAAGUCUAAAAAUGUUCUUAAGGUGUCCCAGAACCUGGACCAGGAGAUCCAAGAGGCUGUGCAGGAGGUGGACAAGCUCUCCAGGAUGGUGUGGGACGCCAACAUGCGUGCUAAUGAGGCCAAGGUGAAAGCGAUGGAGGUGUUGAUCAAGUCCAACCGAAGCAGAGAGAGAGUGGAGGAGAGCAACGACCAGCUCCGCAACCUCAUCCAGGAGAUACGAGAACUUCUCUCCAAUGACAAAGCAGACAAGUCGGUGAUCGAGGCGGUGGCCAAUGACGUCCUAGCUCUGGAGAUGCCCACAUCUGCGAAAAAACUACAGGAGCUGACAAACGAGAUCAGGGAGAAGGUCAGCACUCUGACCAGCGUGGAGACGAUCCUCAGUCGGAGCGCAGAGGACGUCCAAGCUGCAGAGUCCCUCUUGAGACAGGCCAAAGCAGCCAGUGAGGAAGCGUCAAACUUGAAGGAGAAAUCAGACGCGGUGAACGCAGCACUGAACGAGACUGAGCAUGCUCAGAACACCACCCUGCACGCCAUCCUGCUGGCUCAGAAAAACAUCGCAGGAACGUUGCAGCUGCUGAACUCUGCUGAGACGGAGACAGAGAAGUCCGAGCUGAAGCUCAGCAACACCACGGGCCGUCUGGUGCAGCUGGAGCGGGAGGUCGGCCUGCUGAGGCAGAACAUCCUGGAAAUGAACCAGAAGGUGGAAACAACUGAACGGAUCACCGAGCAGGCCAGACAGAACGCUGAGGAGGCGCAGCGGGAGUUCGAUGACAAGGUCAAAGAUCAGUUUGAGGUGAUGGAGGAGCAAAUGGUGGAUAAAGGGGAGUCGGUGCUGCAGGCAAGAAGGAGAGCAGAUGAACUGCAGCAAGAAGCCAGAGAGCUGCUGGAGCAGAGCAGCGAGAAGCUGCAGAGACUCGGAGAGCUGGAGAACUCUUAUGAAGCCAAUCAGCACAUCCUGGAGAUCAAAGCUGCAGAGCUGGAUGAGCUAGAACAAACUGCCCGCCGCAUCCUGGACGAGAUGAGCCAAAAAGUGACCCAGUACAUCUCCUGUCAGAAUUAAAACCGUCACCAGCUGGAACGAUAAAGUUGUCUCUGCUACCGGAUGACUCUGCCCUUUUGUAGCUGAUCAAACCAAACACUGUGAUUUAUUUGAGAUUGUCAGUGCCAAAGUGUUAAAAGCUGCCAGAGAGCAUUAAAGUGUCUCAAAGGAAACCACUAAAAGCCAGCGUGACCUCAAAACCAAGAAUGUGUGGAGAAAUUUCAAUGAGUUAGUUUCAUAAGUUACUGAAACCGUUUUAACUGCAUAUGAGUGAUAAGUGUUCAUUACUGAAACAUUAAAGUUUAGCUAUAACAAAUAUAAA